AUAAAGUGACAGGAGAUAGCAAAAGGCAACAAACUAUCUUAAUGAAAUAACUAAUUUCAGCCAAGUAUUUCUUUUAGUUGUCUGAACUUGCAUUAUGGUACUACAUAUAAAUGGUAGUGAGAACUCGAGAAAACUCAGAAAGGUUGAUCUUUUGAGCCUGCUUGUUUAUCCAAAAGCAACUAUUUUUUUCUUUUGAAAUUGUGAACAAACAAAAGAGGGAGAAUGAAGUACAGGUGUUCUAAUAAUAAGGCUAACAUGGGAAGGAAAAGUGUCGAUAGAAGGAAUGUUAGUGGUAAUAAGUGUGUUAUUUUUCCAUCUAAAGUGAGUAUGGUUGCUGAAGCUCUUGAAAGAAGUAACAAAAAUUGGAUUGUUAGAACAAAAGUUGCAAGUGAUUUGAUCAUACAAGUUGGGGAUUCCAUCUUUCAGUUACAUAAGGUUCCUAUGGUAUCAAGAAGUGGGUAUUUGAACAGAUUAAUAUUCCAAAGAAUAAGCAUUGGAGAGAAAAAUCCUAUUUCUAAGAUUCAAAUAGACAAUUUUCCAGGAGGAGCUGAAAUCUUUGAAUUAGCGGUCAAAUUCUGCUACGGAUGGAAAAUUGAAUUGACAGCAGCCAACAUUGCUCCAGUAUAUUGUGCUGCAAAUUUUUUAGAAAUGAGUGAUGAUCUUGAACAAGGAAAUCUCAUUUCCAAGACUGAGGCUUUCCUGAGUUAUAUAUUGUUCACAUCAUGGAAAGACAUAUUUCAGAUUUUGAAAAGCUGUGAAACUAUUUCUUCAUUGACCAAGGAAUUACUAAUUGUGAAAAGAUGCUGUGAAUCCAUCGCUUGGAAAGCCUGCUUAGACCCUAAAACGUUUGCUUGUAGUGAUGAUGAUGCGUUUUGCUUUACUGGUCAAGCAAAUGAUGCAGAAAACACACUUGUAUCUAAGAAUUGGUGGUUUGAAGAUUUUUCAUUUCUUCGAAUAGAUCAUUUUCUUGAAGUCAUUGAAUAUAUUAAACGAAAAGGGAUGAGAACAGAACUUGUUGGGUCAUGCAUAGAAAACUGGACAAAGAAAUGGGUUUCUCAAAUUCCUCUCGGACAACUCAUUCUGCCAAAAAAGCUUACACAUCAGUUACUGAAAGUUACAGCAGAAAGUUUGAUUAAGGUACUCCCUGAAGAGAAAAACUCAGUUUCCUGCAAUUUUUUGCUUCACCUUCUCAAGUUAGGAAUGAUGAUUCAAAUCAGUUUUGAACUCUCAAAAAAAUUAGAACAAAGGAUAGGUGUUAUGUUGGAAAAAUGUUCAGCUUCAGAUCUAUUAGUCAAGAAUUAUGGAAGUAAUGAUACUGUUUAUGAUGUGAGAAUUGUAACAAGGGUAAUGGAAACAUAUUUUUCUUGUGUGUUAAACAAACCGGCAUCAAGAGUAUUUGCUGUGGGAAAGUUGGUGGAUGACUAUCUGACAAUGAUUGCUCGGGAUGAAAAGCUUUCAGUUAAACAGUUUCAAUUGCUUGCAGAAAUGUUACCUAAGGAUGCUCGAUACUGCAAUGACAACCUCUAUCGAGCCAUUGACUCGUAUCUUAAAGCACAUCCUAAUCUAACAGAAGAAGAAAGAACAAGCGUGUGUAGAACCAUGGACUAUCAUAAACUAUCGAAAGAAGCUCGUCAGCAUGCGAUGAAGAAUGAUAGAUUGCCCUUGUAUAUUUCAAUGCGACUUAUCCUUCUUGAACAAGUAAAUAUGACAAAGUCAAUGACAGCUACUGAAUCUAAUUACUGUAGAACAAAGGCUCAAUCUAGUAUUAGAAUAAGUAAGGGUCUCGAAAAGGUAUGCAUAACACCGCAGAAGGAGAUAAAGAUGAUGAAGAAAGAGGUCGAACAUAUGAAAGUGCAACUAAACGCAUUGCAAAAAUGUAAAAUGCACCUUCAGAGACAAGUGAAGGGAUGCAUUAUGUAGAGGAGGGAUCUGGGCUCUGUCAUCUGUGAAAACAUUGUACGUCUUAACUUUGACGUUAUAAACUUUAUUUGAAAGUCCUAAAAUGUAGUUGAUUUGUUUAAAGUUCAGAAUAAAAUGUCUCUUUUUCA